UACACUCCCCUUUGCAGCACACCCAUGCACAUGCUUUCAGUAUCAGUCAAGAUCAGCAACUCGGAUGAGAACCGCAGCUGUACUAUAGGAUCUACUUUUGUGGGACAGAUUUGUCCACAUACCUGCUUUUCUGAAGAGUUUUUGAUGAAGCACCAUGGGGAACAGGCUGGGAGGCCUGUGCUGCAGCCCUCACCUGUAUAGGAGUUUGAGGUGACUGUCAACAAGGACUGCUUUCUGCUGAUUGCGAGAUUCAUAAGGAGUGGCUGCUGUGGGUGUUCUCAACAUUUAGUCAAAGAUAAGGAACCGACUGGUGGGAAGGUGAUGUUGGAUUGCUAGUCUCUUGCAGCAAUCAUGGAUCUAACGUUGUGGCAGUACCAGUUCAGGAUCAUCAUGCUGGGGGACUCCACAGUGGGCAAGUCCUCCCUGCUGAAGCGCUAUACAGAAGACUUGUUCCUGGAGACCAUCAACCAGACGGUUGGAGUAGAUUUCUACGUUCACUUCCUGGAGGUGGAGCCGGGGGUCCGUGUCAAGCUGCAGUUCUGGGACACAGCCGGGCAGGAAAGGUUCAGGUCGGUGACCCGUUCCUAUUACCGCAACUCAGUCGGAGGCCUGCUGGUGUUUGACAUGACCAACCAAGCCUCCUUUGACCACAUAAAGGAAUGGCACGAUGAGGUGUGCGAGCGGGUGCAGCCGCAUAAGGUUCUGUUCGUCCUUGUGGGACAGAAGAGCGACCAAGAUGCUCAGGGAGGGAGGGUGGUGAGUCGGGAGCAGGCUGAGAAACUGGCCGGGCAGCUAGGGAUGCCCUACGUCGAGGCCUCUGCCAAGACGGGUCAGAACGUGAGGGACGCCUUCGAGCUGCUCACUCGUCGGGUCUACCAGGGUCUGCUGAGUGGAGAGGUGGAGCUGCAGGAGGGCUGGGAUGGAGUCAAGUGCACCGCACCACAGGCGCUUCAGGCACAGAGAGCCAGCCUGACACAGGCCGGCUCCGCCUCCAGGAAAAAGAAGUGUUGUGAUUAAACCGUGGGCUGCUGGUGGUUUCCCAAAUGCACUCAUGUUACGUAGAACCAAAACCAGCCCCAGGAGGUCUGAUCUAUGCUGGACGUUUAAUGUAACAACUUCAUCAUUAAAACCACUGAAGAACAAUGCUUGGACAUUCCUGCCGAGUUACGAUUGAACUUUGGGCCAUGAUGGCAAUGUUGACCAGUUGUUUGGUAUAUAAAUGUCCGAUAACUGAGAAGAAUUGCUAUUACGUUUUGUCUAGCAUUCAUUUUCAGGAUUUUUUCCAACCCACUUUGGUGAUUGCCCUUCUUUUUUAUCCAACACCACCCGCAGGUUGACAUGUUUUGAUUUUUGGUGAUAUGUCUUAAGAAUAUAUUGAUGGAAUAUUUACUACAGGUUUCUAGGUUCCUUUUACUUUUCAUCUAGCGCCAUCAUUAGGUUGAACUUUGCUUCAUCAAAACUAAAAACAUCUUCCACAGCUUUACUUUUUGGCUAAUGCUAUUGACAUGUUGGAGUGCUAGGAUGGUGAAAAUGGUGGAUUAUAUUACCCUUUAAUCAGCAGCAAGCUAACAUGCUGAUGUUAGCAUUAGUCACAAUGCUGUUAGCGUCUUGUUUAAUUGCAAAAUCUCUAGUUGUUCCCUAUUUAUAGGACUUUUAAAACUUGACAGAGAGGUCUAGCUCUGUUUUGUGAGAUGCUAGGCCAGCAGCUGAUCAGCCAAACAUGGACUGAUGAGGUCUUUGCUUACCUGAGUUCAGCAGAGCAGGAGUUGUAAUGAGGACAUAUUAAUCCACCGUUGGUGCCAGUUGAGACUGCGUCACAAUGGCAUUCAAUCUACAAGGGAGGGAUACCAUCACAUCUUCUCUUCUAUCGAUGUUUGGACAAUAGGUUGCCAACCUUGGUGUCCUGAUUUAUAUCCGAGUGCUCAGAGUUUGUGCUGUGGUUACAAUUUGGGAUGAUCUUAUUUGUUUUAUUUUUGCUUGUGAGACUGUACAAUGACACUGCUUUUUUCUUCUUCACAACCCAUUUGUGCACCUUAAUCUGUGAUUCUUGUCUUAUGUUGCUCGUUCUGUCGAUGAUGGGCAGCUGCAGUGCCUUGGUGGAGAUAGAGACAUCCCCCGUAUGACUCUGUGUGAAUUGUGCUAUAAUUCUUUGGGCCUGAGCGGUGUUCUGGAACAGGCUUUGUUGCAUCACAGCAUGUUGAGAGUGAGGCCCUCCUUUUGUUAACAUUAAUUCAAUUAUGCAACUCUAUGGGGCAUUUAUAUAGUUUUUGUUUUAUGUUGUGAGGUUUCCAUAGCAAUUACUGUCCGUCUGACUGACUGAACGGCCUCCUGUGUUUGUGGACUGAUAAUGCAGACCAUUUGUUUUGCUACUCAAAGAAACCAGAGAUUUAUAAAUGGGUUAACUGUGUGUUUGUAAAGCUAUGUGUUCUUGGCUCAAUGCAAAUAUACCACAUGUAAAAUGACCCUACACCCUACAAGUGCAAAAAUAUUUCCUUAAAUGCAAAACUUUACUAUGCAUGUACAACUGUCAAAUUUAGCAAAUACAAAAUGUCUCUUUUGAUACCA